GCACAGCGCCCUCUGCGCCUGCGCCGGGGCGCAAGGUGGGGCCGCGGGCUCCCGUACUCUGGAGUGCGCACAGAGGUGGGGGGCAACGGUCAACCGUCGCCCUGAGGCGGGUGGCGGCGGGAUGGCGUCGGCCUCUGGAUCCUCGGAUUUGGCCGGCUCUGGAGCGCCCCCACCUGGUGGGGGAGCCCAGGCGGCGGCGGCUGAGGAGGAGGAGCGAGAGGUGGUACGGGUCCGAGUCAAGAAGUGUGAGAGCUUUUUGUCACCUGAGUUCCGCUCUUUUGCCGUCGACCCCCAGAUCACCUCACUCGAUGUAUUACAGCACAUCCUCAUCCGAGCAUUUGAUUUGAAUGGGAAGAAGAACUUUGGCAUCAGCUACCUGGGCCGGGAUCGGCUGGGGCAGGAAACUUACCUCUCACUCCUGUCUGACUGGGACCUCAGUACAGCCUUCACCACAGCCUCCAAACCUUACCUGCAGCUGCGGGUAGACAUUCGGCCCACCGAGGACAGCCCUCUGCUGGAAGACUGGGACAUAAUCAGCCCCAAGGAUGUCAUUGGUUCUGACGUGCUACUGGCUGAGAAAAGGUCAUCGCUCACGACAGCUGCCCUGCCCUUCACGCAGUCUAUCCUCUCUCAGGUGGGCCGCACCUUGUCUAAGGUCCAGCAGGUGCUAAGCUGGUCAUAUGGGGAAGAUGUCAAGCCCUUCAAGCCUCCCCUGAGCGAUGCCGAGUUUCACACAUACCUGAACCACGAGGGCCAGCUCUCCCGCCCUGAGGAGUUGCGCCUGCGGAUCUAUCACGGUGGUGUGGAGCCCUCCCUGCGAAAGGUGGUGUGGCGGUACCUGUUGAACGUGUACCCAGAUGGGCUGACGGGCCGCGAGCGGAUGGACUACAUGAAACGCAAGAGUCGCGAGUAUGAACAGCUCAAGAGUGAGUGGGCACAACGAGCGAGCCCUGAAGACUUGGAAUUCAUCCGCAGCACAGUCCUCAAGGAUGUGCUGCGGACGGACCGGGCCCACCCCUACUACGCAGGGCCCGAGGACGGCCCACACCUGCGGGCACUGCACGACUUGCUCACCACCUAUGCCGUCACCCACCCGCAGGUGUCCUACUGCCAGGGCAUGAGCGACCUCGCCUCGCCCAUCCUUGCCGUCAUGGACCACGAAGGCCAUGCCUUCGUCUGCUUUUGUGGCAUCAUGAAGCGCCUGGCCGCGAACUUCCAUCCUGAUGGCCGCGCCAUGGCCACCAAGUUUGCCCACCUCAAGCUGCUGCUACGACAUGCCGACCCUGACUUCUACCAGUACCUACAAGAAGCCGGUGCUGACGACCUGUUCUUCUGCUACCGCUGGCUGUUGCUGGAACUCAAGCGCGAGUUCGCCUUUGACGAUGCCCUCCGCAUGCUCGAGGUCACCUGGAGUUCGCUGCCCCCCGAUCCUCCUGAACAUGAGGUAGAGCUCGUCGGACCCCCCAGCCAAGUGGCAGACCCUGGCUUCAGUGGCCACAGGGGGCGGCCCGUGCGACAGAGGCACAUGCUGAGGCCUGCCGGGGGAGGGGGCAGUGCUUUCGAAGAUGCUGUUGACCACUUGGUGACGACCGGCCAGGGGCCUGGUGGCGGGGGCCGUCUCCUGAGACAAGCCAGUCUGGAUGACCUCCAGCAACUCAGGGAUAACACGGGCUCCAGGAGGGACCCUCUGGUCCAGCUGCCCCACCCAGCGGCCCUCAUCAGCUCCAAGUCCCUCUCCGAGCCCUUGUUGAACUCCUCAGACCCACUCUCCUCCUCUUCCCGCCCUGAUUCCCCAUCCUCCUCAUCUCCGCCAUCCACCCAAGAGGCCUCUCCCGCUGGUGAUGUGGCUGCGGGAUCCCCCUUGAUGCCAGAGUUGGGCUCCCCACAAGAACCUGGAAAGUCCCUGCCACCCCCACCCCCACUGGGCCUGCCCCCGCCCCAGGAAUUUGGCCGAGGGAACCCAUUUAUGCUCUUCCUCUGCCUUGCCAUCCUGCUGGAGCACCGCGACCACAUCAUGCGCAACGGGCUAGAUUACAACGAGCUGGCCAUGCACUUUGACCGCCUUGUGCGAAAACACCACCUGGGGCGCGUCCUUCGCCGGGCCAAGGCUCUCUUCGCUGAUUACCUGCAGUCAGAGGUGUGGGACUCAGAGGAGGGGGCCGAGGCCACAGCCCCGUCGUAAUCAGGCUCCUUGCAGCCCACCACGAGCCCCACCAGACCUCUGUUCUUUACCCCGGGGGCCUACACGAGACCCCAGCUCCCUGCCUGCCAGCCCUCAACCUGUUGGAGUGCAGGCCCCUCUCUCCCCAGGUCUGAGAGUAUGGGGCUCUGCCUUGGCACUGCCCCAUGGAGGCCACGGCCUCCUUUCUCAGUUUAUGUUGUAUUGUUUUUAACAACUGGACUUUGCACACAUGAAGGUCACUGUGGUCUGUGUAUUUCUCUGCCCUCUCUCUGGGUUUUGUUAUAGACAGGAGUCCCCAGGGGCUCCUGCCCUGAGGGAGUGGAAACACCUCACAUGGUGGAGGGUGGCCCCCGCUUCCCCAGUGGCAGGAGAGUGGGUGCUGAGAAUUGGUUCUAGAAGGUGAGCGCAAGUCGAGGACUGCUUGGGGGAGGCCUGAGGCCAUUUUGUGGUACAUCUGUCUGCCGUUAAGGGUCUGGAUUAUGGCUGUGAAUGUACGUUUUCAGGACAGGUCCCCAAAUGAGGCAUGAGAGAGGGAGUUCCUGACUCCAAAAGGGCAAGUCUCAUUACACAGACAGGCUACUUAGAAAUGUUGGGCCAGCCACUUCUGCCAUUCCACGUGUCACCAUUUCUAGGAUCCAGACCCUCCCCUGUGAGUCUCAUGCACUAAUGCUGGCGGUCCUGGGCAGGGG